AUGGGGGAAUUGGCAGCACUGAAAACACGGCCGCGGCUGCUGGAGGCGCUCACUUCCGCCGGCCAGACGGCGCUGUUCGUGGCCGCGCAGGCGGGCAGCGCAGACUCGCUGCACCAGCUGCUCCACGUGGGUGCGCACGUGUCCGUCCGCGCCGCUGACAACCAGAGGACCCCGCUGCACGCCGCCGCCGCGCACGGCUUCACCGAAUGCGUGGACGCGCUGCUGAGCCGCGGCGCGGACGCGGACGCGCUGACGGCGCCCGGCGGGUCUUCGGCGCUGCACCUGUCGGCGCAGGCGGGCCACGCGGAGUGCGCGCGGCUGCUGGCCAGGCACGGCGCGCUGCUCGACCGCCGCGACGCCGCCGGCUUCUCGGCGCUCUACACGGCGGCGCAGCGCGGACACCACCAGGUGGUCGAAGUGCUGCUGCGCCACGGCGCCCGCGCCUCGCUGCGCAACACCGGCGGCAACACCGCGCUGCACAUCGCCGCGCAGGAAGGCAACAUAAAGUGCGUGCAGCUGCUGACGUCGGCGAAGGACGCGCCGCUGGAAGUGCAAAACGACCUGGGCUUCACGGCGCUCUACACGGCCGUGCAGGGGAGCCACGUGGGGGCGGUGCGCACUCUGCUGCAGGCGGGCGCCAAACCCGGGACCCCGGGGCCCGGCGGCUACACGCCGCUGCACGUCGCGGCCGAGGACGGCCACGUGCUCAUCGUGCAGCUGCUGCUCACCGCCGGCGCAGAUCCCAAGCAGGUAACAGACACGGGGUGGACGGCGCUUCAUUCGGCGGCGCAGGAAGGCAAAGAGGGCGCGGCGCAGCGGCUGCUCUUCUCGAUGGGGUCCCACGUGAACGCCCAGGACGCCGACGGCUGCUCAGCACUCCACGUGGCGGCCGCGUGGGGGCGCGCCGGCGUGCUGCGAGAGCUGUUGGCCGCGGGAGCCGACGUCGCGCUGCGCAUGGCGGACGGGCGGUCGGCGCGCGACCUGGCGCAGCAGACGGGCCACUUCGCUUGCGCCAAGCUGCUCAGCAAGCACGAGAGGCGCAUGCGCAGAUGCUUAUGA